GCACAACAUGACAUUAGUCUUUCCACUGGGCUGGAUGACGAGAUAAGCUCAUGAUUGAGUCAAUGCUAUCAGUAAACAUCGUGUUUUGUACCUUAGGGCACUAGAGUACAGCACAGCAGACAUUGAGAUCAUCUUUACAACAAACAUGUAUUCUGUGCCUCAACAUUUUGAAUUGGUCAAGGACUCUCUCUCUGCGGUUUUUGAAAGGGUUUGAAUGGACAUUCUUCUCUCAAACUGUUUUUCUACACUGUGAAAAAGUGUUGAGGCCCAAGAGCGAUGAAAGGAGCUGUUAUCUGGCAGUAGCCCUGGUUCAGAAUAUUGAUGACCCAGGCUGUGUGGAAGGAAGGAAGGCAGGCGCAGUGUUCACACAGUCAGUCCAGUCGUGCUCAUUAGUAGGGCUGUGUCAUGAUUUGGCUGUGAGACUGUGUGUGACUGUGUCCAGGCUGCUGACUGAAUGCAAGCUGUGCCCCCGUUCUCGGCCAUGCACUUCACCGACCAUGCCCACGGUGCUGUCACUGACACUACCACUCUGACACUCACCCAGGCCUCUCUGAUCCCUCCCUCCCUCCUUCCUUCCUUUUUUAUUCUUCUUGUAGACUGCUCUUUUCACCUCUCCAUUCUCCUCUUCUCUUACCGAUCCUGUCCUCCCCUCUUACCACUUCUCACCUCACCCCUUCCCUUGUUAUCCCUCUCCUUCCAUCUCAUCCCCUCAGGGAGACUGUGUAGUGUUACCACUAUAGGCCGCUAUUCGUCCUCUCGGGGCUGACGUCCUCCCUGUGACAGGGCCUCUCCCUGAUGAGAAACAGCUGGCCCCCUGUUGUACAUCGCCAGUCUAUCAAUAAAGGGAAUUUUUUCUAGGUGUUGGUGCCUUUUAGCUAGCUCUCCAUAUCAACGGUCCUCUUAGCUCCUGCUCUGCACCAAGCACCUGUCAAAAUGUGCCUCUCCUCCCCGACUGAGAUGAAUGUGCUUAGAUUAUUUAUUUAUUUUCGGAGCCACCAGCCAAGUAGUUGCUGAAAUCGGCAGCAUUGCAUUCACUGUGCUGAGUAGUUUGAAUGGCAAGUCUACGUGCCAAGGGAAUCUAGGCCCAUCUACUAAUGGGUAAAAACUCCCGCAUUGACUCCUCCUGAAUCGCCUCAUGAACAUUUUUCAAAAGGCAGAAUAAUAACACAAAACAAUCAUGUGUGGCUUUGACAGGAACGGGGCAGAUUGUCUGGCAUCUGUGGAGAAGAGGUUCCCUGCUCGGCACCCUGCCUGUACUGCAUGUACAUGGACACCUUUCAACCCAGUGACUGUCCGAUCAAUCAUAUCCAUGUUCGACAGGGAGAACAAAGGAGGGGUGAACUUCAACGAGUUCGCCGGAGUGUGGAAAUACAUCACGGACUGGCAGAACAUCUUCCGCACCUACGAUAGAGACAACUCGGGCUUCAUCGACAAGAACGAGCUUAAGCAGGCACUGACUGGAUUCGGGUAUCGCCUCUCAGACCAGUUCUACAAUACUCUCAUAGAGAAGUUUGACAGGCAGAGGAAGGGACAAGUGGCCUUCGAUGACUUCAUCCAGUGUUGUAUUGUUCUACAGAGGUUGACCGACGUGUUCAGGAGGUACGACACAGACCAAGACGGCUGGAUCCAGGUGUCCUAUGAACAGUAUCUAUCCAUGGUUUUCAAUGUUGUAUAGUAGAGCCAAAAGCACAACUGGACACAACUGUGCCAAAGCCAAAUCCUUCCCACCUCCACAACGUGUCUUCCUGGAUCAAGAUGACUGGGACUCUGGGAUAGGAUAUAAAGACGUUAUGUUCUGUCUGUCUGUCAUUGUUCAUAAUGUUUGUUUAAUGUCUGAAUCUUAUCUUAAUAAUGGUAAAGACCUGAAUAUCUGUGUUUAAGGUAAACCUGCAUUGUACAUAUCAUUUAGGACAAAUAACCGCAUGCUUCUGGGGGACUUCUGCCAAUGUUCAAAGCAUACACUCUUAAUCUCAGAUCUAUUUUGCUGAAGCCAUGUUUACAAAUACUGUGAAAGCAGGUUAUGGUCGGGCACAAAGCCUGCUUUUAGAUUCACUGACAUGCCAGCUAACGCCAUAUUUGUAUAGACAUAUUUUUAACCAGCAAAUCUAUAAAAAAAAGUUAGCCUAUUAUUAUUUUAGGUAGAAGAGUACGCUUUUGUAUCGUUUAUUUUUUGUGUGCAUGAUGCCUUAAACUGUAUAAAUGCAAGAGGAACCUCUUUUAUUAAAAAAGAAACCUG